AUGGAGCAGCUUUACGACGAGCUGUACAAAGUGGUGCUGGUGGGCGAUCCGGGUGUAGGCAAGACCAACCUACUCGCCACCUUUCUCGCCAACGAGGCCGUCAACGAGCAAGGAAUCUCCCGCAGUUUCUCCUCCGUACGCAAGGCCACAAUCGGUGUCGAGUUCGCAACUGCCAUCGUCCGCCACCCCAACGGCAAACGCAUCAAGGCGCAGAUCUGGGAUACUGCUGGGCAGGAACGCUAUCGAGCAAUCACGAGCUCUCACUAUCGACGAGCAUCGGGAGCGCUCCUGGUGUUUGACGUGACCAACCACGAGACCUUCAACAAUGCGCAAGAGCACUGGCUCAAGGAGCUUAAGGCUGCAGCAAGUCUCAGCAGUACACUUACGAGUUGCAUCAUGCUGGUGGGGAACAAAGUGGACUUGGAGUCGUCCCACGCGAUCCAGGACGCUAACUACGUGGAUCAGGAGCUCCAUGAGUCGACAGCUACAACGUUAGGACUCAUGCACCAGCGCGCAUCAGCCAAGACCUGUCACAAUGUGCGUCGAGCGUUUGAAGAUCUGGUAAUUGCCGUUUACAAUGCCGACAAAAGCAAACAACAGAGAACUGACGUAGUACCAGUCAUCCAGCUCGAAUCGACAUCAAAGUCAGCAGCCCCAAACAACUCAAAGUCUACCGAGACCAAAUGCUGCUAGGUGCAAAUACUGACCUUAAUACCUCGCUUAAACAGAGUGCGAGAGUGCUAGUAGAAGAUAGGAUGAACACAGCUUCACUACUAAAACCGAUACUGGAG